ACACUGACGAAAUUUUCUCGGCCCUGCUCUGUCUGUGUGUUUCUGUGAAAUCAACAAGAGGCGAAGGGAGGCUAGUAUAUCAGCGAGCUGUGGACGACACACUGGCCGGGGCACUUCUCUCCAGGGGGGGGGCUAACUGGCAUUUAUGCUGUAUUUGUGCCCUGACCACUGAACGCAGCAGGAGGACAGUGAACGGCUCACCAUAAAAACCAAAACAGAGGCAUAUUGUUGUGAUGGUUGGACCAAGUGAACAGCUUUCGGCGUGAGGGACUGGCGUCUUUUUUGGAUAUCCUGAGCAGCAGGUGUAGCCUACUGAAGGAUAAAGCAGAAUAAAGGCAAUCUCAGUGUUCAUGAAACUUUGCUACGAUUUACGUGCUGGGGUUGCCGUCCGCCAUGUUAAGGUAAAGCCCAGGUGCGCGGUGUUGACCAUGCUAAAGCGCCUGGACAAGAUCCGCUUCAGAGGCCCCAGGACGAGAGACGAGUUCCAGGAUCUGGCCGAAUCACCGCCCGCCUCCGACAACGAAUGUAGCGACGACAUGCAGCUGAAACCCAGAGCAGCUCUACGAGACACCGAGGAUCUACUGCGAGACCCUGCAGGAUCGGGGUCUCCCACCAUGGCUGCGGCCAUCCAGGACUUCCAGAGGUCGGAGUCAGACCGACUUAACGAAGUCAAAGGUCACCUGGAAAUUGCCUUAUUGGAGAAACAUUUCCUACAGGAGGAGCUGAGGAAGCUGCGGGAAGAGACCAAUGUUGACUCUCUGCGGCAGGAGCUGGAGAGAGAGCGAGGCAAGAGGAUAGACCUGGAGCAGAAGAUGAAUGAGGUGCUCAAGACCAGGUUGGAGGACUCCCCACCACAGCCUCCCCGAAAACAGCAGUCGCCCUCCAGCAACGGCACAGAUAAACAGCAGAAAGAGACGUGGAGCUCACGGCUGCAGAAGUGGCUGUACGAGCGCUUUGGGGUUUACAUCGAAGACUUCCGCUUCCAGCCGGAGGAGAGCACCGUGGAGGCCGAGGAACCGCUAAGUGCUAAAAGGUUGACAGAAAACAUGAGGCGACUCAAACGAGGAGCCAGACCUGUCACCAAUUUCUUAAGGAACCUCUCCGCCUUAUCUAAUUGGCACUCUGUCUACACCUCAGCUAUUGCCUUCAUUAUCUACAUGAAUGCUGCAUGGCAUGGCUGGGCCAUUCCCAUGUUCCUCUUCCUAGCUAUCCUGCGGUUGUCCUUGAAUUACCUCAUCGCCAGAGGUUGGAGGAUCCAGUGGAGCAUUGUGCCUGAGGUUUCUGAACCCGUGGAGCCUCCAAAGGAAGACUUGACUGUAUCAGAGAAGUUUCAGCUUGUACUUGACGUUGCACAAAAAGCACAGAACCUUUUUGGUAAAAUGGCGGAUGUUUUGGAGAAGAUAAAGAACCUGUUCAUGUGGGUGCAGCCGGAGAGCACCCAGAAGCUUUAUAUUGGCCUGUGGGUGGCUUUCAUCACCUCCUGUGUCCUGCCAUACCAACUCAUGGGCUUCAUGAUUGGCCUGUAUGCCGGCAUAAAGUUCUUCAUCAUAGACUUCCUGUUUAAGAGCUGUCCUAAGCUGCGGGACAAGUACGACACGCCCUACAUCGUAUGGAACAGCCUUCCCACCGACCCACAGCUCAAAGAGAGGACCAACGCCACCGUGUCACGACGGCUCUCUGCCGUUGAGAAGGUUCAGCCGGUGGUUUCUCGCAGCAGCCUAGCGACCGUCCCGUGUGGGGUGAGCAGAGAGGAGGAGACCGGACGCUCCCACAGCACCAAGAAGGGCGCCUUCCAUGAGGUCUUCAACCUUGCAGAGUCAGAGCGCCCUCUGGCUGUGUGUGAGAACGGCUGGAGGUGCUGCCUGAUCAACAGGGACAGGAAGAUGCCCACCGACUACAUCAGGAACGGAGUGCUCUACGUCACAGAGAAUUACCUCUGCUUUGAGAGCUCCAGCUCCAGAUCCAGCUCCUCCAAGAAGAAUAAAGUCAUCAAGCUGGUGGACAUUACUGACAUACAGAAGUACAAGGUGCUGUCAGUGUUACCAGGAAGUGGGAUGGGCAUCUCCAUAGCCACUCCCUCCACACAGAAGCCAUUGGUGUUCGGUGCCAUGAUCCACAGAGACGAGGCGUUUGAGGCCAUCUUCACCCAGUACAUGAAGAUCAUGACCACCACCAAACCUCCGGCCAACCCAGAGGCCUAGGCAGCCUGCGUCCCACCAGCAGAGCCCCAGGCUUGGGCAGAGAGCCUCCUGAAUUUCAACCGGACUGGAUGAUAGAUUCAAACACCACACCGAGCCUCCCCUCCUUCUCUUGCGAUUCCUCGCCGACGGUCAUCGUCCGACUUUAAAAAGAGGAUUCCUUGCAUUUAAGCCACGAUGGAGGGGGUAUGUGGGUGUGUCAGCGACGUUGGUAGUGGGGAUUUAGUUAAAGCACACAGGUGAAAUCUUUUGGGUGUUGGAUAAUGCGCAAAAUCCAUUCACUGUUUGGUUCAGACAGGGAGGGGCGACAGGAUGAGUGUGGCUGCGGUUUUUAUCGGUCCGUAAAUGGCCGGUGAGGGGGCUGGUUCUCCUCUCCCACCUGACCCACCAACUGACUGGCUGACUGCUUUCCUUACUAACUCGUUUCUUCAGAUAUGUAUAUGUUUAUGGUGCACAUAUACUGUAGUGUGGGUUCGUGUGCGUGUGUGUAUGUGUGGAUGUUUGGGGGCGGGGAUUAAGAUCUUAAGUGUGUCAAGUGGCUCUGUGUUUCUCUUUAUACUCCAGUUUAGUGGCCUGAUCGCUAUUUUAAGAGAGGGCGGGGUGAUGUCAAGAAAUGCACAGUCUGGCCGCGUAACUCUAAAAAAUACCAUCAGGAGUUAAUCAUAAAAGAGCAACGGUUGGCUUUGCUGCAAGACAUCCGUGUAAGCCAGUUACGUAAGUUUCACUUGAUAAAUAACAGCAAAAAUAAACAUUUGCAUUGAAAUCUUUUCACAGUUUCACAGGCUGACUGGUGCUUCUUGGCAUUGCCCCACGAAAUUAUGAGAGUGUACAUGUGCGAAUGUUUUUUUUUUUUUUUUCCUCUUUCAUUUUCUUUAAUGUGUAUAUUAGCUGUGAACAGGUCAAAUCACCGUUUGACUGACAUGGAGCCUUUCUGUUAGUUUACAUUGCUGCCGUGUAACUUCUUGAUCCUUUUUCUCUUUUUAUAGAAGCAAAUACGUGUUUCAGCAGCAGCAGGUGGUUUUAGGUGUCUCGUCUCAUCUCCAAAUCAGAAAAUGUAUGCUACGUUCAGCAUCCGCUUUGGUGUUUGUAAGUGCGUGUAUGUGAAACGUGUGUAGUGAAAUGUUUUCAAAAUGCCUUUCUUUUGAAAUCUUAUUUCUAUAACUCUUUUUUGUAACAACCUAUGGGAUGAGUAACUGAGCUUACUGGUCCUGGAGCUGCUGAGUCUGUCAGAAACUAGAGCACACUUAGAGAACUCAGACUGAUUUGAUGCUUUUCGAAGUUUUGGCACAGCAGAGAACCUCCUAUGCUCAAGGUCCUCUCUUAAAGGCACAAUCUGUAUAGUCUGUAUAUUUAAAUCCCCUUCCAUGGUAUAUUCCCCUGCACUUUAUUAUUUUAACUGGAAUUCCUGACAUUUUAUGGCAGCGAACAGGCCUUGAAUGCUCAUUACUUUAGUUGGAAUUCAUGGUCAGUGUUUGAGAAAGCUUCAGGACAGAGUUUAAUUUAAUACCAGUUAUGCCUUUAAGGCUUUCACCCCUGUGGUAUUUCUGCUUGGCCUGACGCUGAUCCCAGAUGCUGGUACAGACUGAUCAGGUCUUGGUGUUAACACUGGAUUGAAAUAAUGCCACAGGCUGGAUGUUACUGUGAGCCAGGCAACUGUCAAAAGGACGGUAACUUAAUUAGGAUGCCAAGGUACUUUGACUUGAAAAUGAAACAGACAUUUAUUCAGUCCACAAAGGCCUUCACUUAAAUGGCUGUUUUCAUCUGCAAAUUGAAGUGCCGUAGCACCUUGGCCUUUACAUCUAAUCCUGAUCUCAGAGGGGCAACAGAGAGGCGCCCUCUCCACAUUUUGCCUGUGAUGAUAAAGUAAACGUUUCAUUUUUUGUCGGCAAAGGAAUUAUCGUUGGUUUCUAUAACUAAAAGACAUCUCGGAGAACCAGUAUUCAAAUUUGACGAGAGAAAUGAUCCCAAACCUCCAGAAUUUCUUUUUUCUUUUUUUUUUUUCUUGUGGUUAUCUAGCUCAUUUUGGUGAUCCCACUUAACUUAAAUGUCAGGUAUGUCCAGGUAUUGGAGUUUGAGGUUAUAUAAGCUGUGGUGGAUUUUGUAGGCUAGGUCAAGUUGCACAACAUAGUUUACUGUUCCAGUGGUAAACGUCACAUUAGUUGUAAAUCUUCUCAUUAUCUUUUUGGAAAACAGAUCCAAAUGUGUUGUUUUUGUGAAUUCAAGGCAGGAGAGAGUUAAGAGCCAGACCGUCACUGGAGGGGUUUUUGUCCUUUUUUGUGUGUGUGUUUGUGUGUGUGCAUGUGUGUGUUUGUUCGCUAAUGCCUGCUUGUAAUGCCAGAACGAGCAGACUCUGACAUUUUAGUGCUCUUUCACUGGCUCCUGCGCACCGGGCAGAAUCAGCAAAAUGUAGUCAAAGUCUGUGAAAGGAUUCAAAAACUUGAUCGUGCACGGUCUGGAAUGAAGAGAAUAUUUCAACGUCACUUUACGAUAAGACACCAUUCAGAUGAAUCAAAGCUGGUCUUUAUUCUUGCAGAGUGGUUUGAUAUGUAGAAAAAUAAUGCCAAACUACAUGGGACACGUUGCUGUGUUUCGUGAGGUGAAUGAAAAUAGGAUACGGGACUUAAGGUCUUAUUUUUAGGCUGUUUUAGGCUCUCUAGAUUCAGUAUGAGAGACAGAGUAGCCAUUCCAUGCUCCCAACUCCUAUUCAUGCUCAGCAGCUUAAGCUUUAGUCUCCUAACGUGUAAAUCUUCCAACACUGUAAAGAGGGAUACUUUGCCAUUUGAGCAUUUAAAAUGUCAAAGUUUUCCCUUAAAGUCUGUGUAAAACCUCUUGUCAUUAUUGUAGUAUUAGAAUCAAGACCGGAUAUGAAAUUGUCAUGCAAUGGACCGGUUUUAAGAAACAGAUUAUGGUUAGUCCAAGACUAAUAAAGGCUCCUCAGUGGAGAGUUUCCUUUGAGAUUCGUUUCUAUGACUAGGACUGGGCCUGUUGUUAAUAGGCUACCUUCCCAGACAUGGAUUUAUAUUUUUAGUUAGGAAUAGAUUUGAUCCAUGAACGGGAAACCUGUCGGAUAAUAGAUCAGGUUGAAAUCGGUAAGUAAUUAAUGCUGUCUCACUGUGUGAUCGGAUGGCUUGAUGUAGUCUUAAAGCUUUUACCUGAAGCCUUUUGUAAUCUGUUAACUCUGAAAAAACAGCCGACGGGGUCUGAGAGACCCUACUGAGGCUGCACUCAAAAAAAAAGAAAAAAAAGCACAGAAUGUAUCACGUAAAUGUCUAGGAUAUUUUUCUUUUGCCAAAUCUUUGUUUUCUGUCACCGCCCGCCAUAUUCUGCCUAAGCUCAUGUUUACAGAAAGUUGGAAAAAAACCUUGAUAUUUUGUUGGAUUAUUUUUUUUCCCGUCUCGGAGCAUCUAGUUUGAACUCUUUUGACUUUGGGGGUUAUGAAGACUGGACUGCUGCCUUCUACUGUGGAAUAAAUGUCUCAACUCUCAUUGGCUCACACUGGUCACUUGACUAUCUCUGCUCACCUUUAACCAAUAGCAAAUGCAAACAGUAAUGACAUUGACACCAGUAUUUCUACCAACAUACAGCAUGUAAGUUGUCAUAUCCAACAUCACAGUACGCAUUUACAGGCUUCAUAUAGAGCAGAGAUGGUCAUGGUGGGCUGAAAUGAUGACAUCACUGUUUUUGACAAGUAGUCCUCUGAAAAGUUGAUCUAUUUCGACAUGAUACUGUUUUUGAGGAAAAGUUGUAGAUCCUUUGUUCAGGCAGAACAGGGUAUUUUCAUUAAAAGUGCCGAUUUUCAGAUAGUUCUCAGGUGUUUGAGGUACUUAAAGUUUUAAGGAGAUCAUAUACACAUUUUUGGAGGAAAAUUGAGAAAAAAAAUCUACCUGCAAAACUACCCAGUACUUGCAGUAAUAUUUAAAAAUAUGGAGAGCCCAGUCUUGAAAAGUGUAAUCAUUUUGUCAGCCAAGGGAUUUCCUCCUUUGAAAAGACAACCGUGAUUUUGUUUCAUUUUGUCCUGAUAAUCAUUCUUUGAAAGCGGAUGCCACUUUUAUCAAAGGAAGAUAUUUCAGUUUGAAGUGAAACUCCUCACGUACGGACACAGAGGAAGCCAAGGUCAGUGAUGCAGCGUGGCUCAGCUGGUACUGCACGGAAGGAAACUUCCACCCUGAAACACAUUAACACCGUUUACAGACAGGGAUUGGCGACUUACGUUGUGUUUUCAGUGCCAUUUUUGUUGUUGUUGUUUUAAGGUGUAAUUAUGUUUUUCUUUGGUUAAACUCACCAUAUGUGAGCAGCUGCAACUACAGUGGAGCUUUUAAUGGGUGAAAGGAGGGAGCUCUCCCUCUUCUAUGCUGGAUUUCUCCCUGAAUGUUUGCAUAGAUGUUGCUGCAAAAGGCCGAGUGUACACUGACACUGACACUGACACUGAAAACUGACAGUUAGCAUUUGUGUUAUAAAACGGCAACCUAAACACCAUACAAGUUGCCAGUCCAAGGCUCAGUGUUAAUGUGUUUAAGGGGGUUUGAUUCCCACUCGGGCCACCCGCUGUAUGUUAAAAAAUGAAUGCACUUACAGUACUACAAGGUGCUUUGGAGGGACGUGUCAACCAAAAUGGCCUACUGUUAUAAAUGGCAAGCUGCAUAAUGAGUACCGUAUAUCUUAGUAAUAGCAAACGAUCCAGAGCGGUGUCAGGAUUUAGCUGCUGUCAUGUUAAAAGACAGGGAAUAUGUCAAAAACAGUGGUGUCGUCCUUUCAAGGUCCCCGCAUUCAAAGCUGGUGUUAAGUUCCUGGAUUCUUGCUCUCUGUAUUAAAUACGUACUAGCUCUUCUAGCUGUGUGUAAAUGUUAAUUAAAGUAUUCACGAUGACAACCCAAGGGGGCUGGGUUUUCCAAAAGAACACAAGUGUACAAACUGUUAGGAGUCCGUUGUGUAAUUCUCAACUCAGUUCCCACUAGGCUUAAAAAAAAAAAAAAAAGAAAAAAAAACUGGCCUUGUAUCCUUCUUAAUGACUGAAGUGGAUUUUAAA